GCUCUACAGGCCCAAUCCCGCGUCGACCGGAGUGUGACGUGACGGCCUGGGUUGCCCACAAACACAACGCAAUUUUGGGAAUCUGCCGGUCAUCAAGCGUCAAGCUCGCUAUCCGCACGCAUCGUGCCCCGCGGAGUGAAUUGGAAGCUCGUUUUGGCUUUUGUCCUCAAUCGAUCGCUUGUUUUGCUCUUUUAUUUUGCUCCUACGGCGUUUAGUCUGGACUCCAAAGUCCAGACAGCCAUGAUCGAGAAUGGUGCGAACCCGGAGAAUGGCCGCCAUGGCUGGCAACGAGAAUAAUGGCGAACAAAGCAGCAACGCGACACCGAAUAACACCCAGCCGAUGGCGAUUGUUGAGAAACCUGCGAAAAAGAAACAGUCUCCAGUCAAACCCAAGGGCAGAAAGGCCGCAAAAGAAGCUGUCCGACCCAGUGUGAAAGAGGAGGAGCAAGCCGAAACCGAUGUGCAGCUCCCUGAGACAGGAACUUCGAACACAUCAAUUGCUCCCGACGACGAGGAACAGAAUUUCAACAUCUCUGGCCAGCCGAGCGCAAAGAUCAACAGAGCGAGGCCCUCAGCCACAUCAAGUACAACCUCGGGACGCCGUGUCCAGCCAAAAUCAACAAAGUCAAACAUCAAGGCCAAGUCCAAGUCCAAGACCACCGCGGUCGUCGAGCCUCCGGAAAUGGACGAUCCCGAAGUCGAGUAUGAUUCCGAAAUUCCAUACAUACCUAAAGAUCUUCGGAAAGAGCUACGUGAACGGCUAUCUUGGGCUGGUCUCACAUAUCCCGAGACCUGGCGCCCACGUGUCGAUAGCCCCUUCGAUGCUCCUCCCCCGCCUCCGGUAAAUCCACCACCGGCCGAUUCUAUUCUCGUAGCAGGCUUGGCGGACGGCGAGGUAGGCUACCUUCGUCAACUGUUGCGAUACUGGACAUCCGAAGAUAAGGGCUGUAGGACUGCCAACAAGUUCUUCCAUCGGCUCCACUACACCUACAAGAAGGCGGAUUCGCUUCCAGAGGCUUUGGCAAGGCAUGACCGGGUAUUGGCUCUGACUCUGGAUCGCCUCGCGCGAGCGAUCCCCUUCGAACUAUUUCUUUGCCGGCUCGACAGAGGCUAUGAAGACACUGACAUCGACCCUCAACAAGUGUCUCCCUCCUACGUCAUUGAGGAUCUGGUUGACUUGCAGGGCCGAACCUACGCAAAGUUUGUUCCCGUUGACGAGAAUGACUGGACACAAAAGACUAGCGAACACCGAAAGCCCAAACUCCUUCCUGGUUACUGUGAUGCGGCCCUCGUCCUUGUCCCUCGAGAUACUGUGGCGGACUUCUUGUGGGAGACCAUUGAAGCAAACGGCCCGCCGACUGCCAAGUACAACGUCACUCAGACUCCUCUGCGUUUGUUGCUCGAAAACUAUAAGACCCUAUGCUCAGGGAGCGUCGAAGAUCACGUUCGCUAUUGGCCCAUCUUCAGCAGCCUCAUCCGGAGGGCAUGUACCUGGGACAACGAAAAAGGACUGGGGUUUAUGCCUGGGGAGUUGGUAGAGAACAUUCUCAAGGCUUGCAUAUCUGCCAAGGACUGGGAUUUAUUCACAUUCGCCGCGGGCUUUACGGGAUUUGCCUUUCGCAAACUGCCUUACGAUCCCCAAUCCUUUGUCAAAUGGGCUCGUGCUGAGAUCACAGAAGGGAGAGCCACCUUUCAAGACAUUCAGGAGGGUAUCCUGGCCAUCUCAUUCUCCCACAGCUUGAUCAAGUACAGGUGCUCCUCAAUUACCGCCUUUUACGAGACCACGGACGAAACAGUUCCCCGAGAUUGGGCACGGAACGCAGUAGUCCGCAUAGCCGACUUUCCCGGUUGGCAAAUCAUCGGCCAACAAGAUGGAAGUGAACUUGUUUCCGCCCUGAAGACCUGUUUCGGAAUGGGACCUGACUUCAUAGAACUCGCCACGAAGUUGGUGAGACGAAACUCGACAAAGAUCCCCUUCCUUCUGGGCUUUGCCAACGAACUCCACGAGACCUGCUCCACAGAAAAUGCAACAAAAAAGCUCUACCUCGACUUGGCUGAACACAUUUUGAACGAAUUGCACAUCUACAAACUCCACAGUCGUUCCGCGGAGACGGCACGGGUUAGGGAAAUUAUCCAGCUUCGUUCAACCAAGGUCACGCAAGACCUAAAACUGAUUAAAGCGGCAAUUGAAGGUAUCGACAAGGCUGACAUGUCUCGCUUCAUCUCUGGACUAAUCGCUGAAAACGCCGAUACCCUCCUUAUGCGCUUGACAAUGAAAUUGGUUGGCGAUGCAAAACGCAUCCCGCUUCGUGAGCUUACCCAUCUCUGGGUUCCUUUCCUCUAUCUCCUCCCGGACAUUCUCGAAAAGCAUUCUAUCCCGCUAUCAACACCUCGAUAUCAAAAUAUGUUCGCUGCUAUCAUGGAGAUGUACCUACUCAGGGAGGUAGGCAGGGCGCCGAAACAGAUCUGGCAACCUGUUAUGCGCACGGUCAGUUGUGACUGUGGACUGUGUUUCCGGGUCAACCAAUUCCUUUCCGAAUCCUGCUCUUUCAAAGCUGUUCGGCUUCACGGCUCCAGUACAGCUUUUGACCAUGUACGACAUUACUUGACAGGACUGCGGGAGGGCAUCUCCUGUGACUUUGCGAUUGAUGCUGCUUCGGGUACUAUAACCGUCACGAAACGCUUGAAUCCCGAUCCUACUGCUCUUAAGCAAUGGGAGACCAAGAAGAACAAAAUGAAAAAACAAAUUUUCGCAAAGUUUGAUCAAGCAAAGUUGCAUGCCAUUCUUGGCGAAGAAUACUUGUGGAUUACAGGAUUUCGAUUCUUGGAGAACAAUCUUGAAAUUGAAGUUCAUGACGAGAAAGAACUUCCUCCACCUCCUGUGCCCUCCGCACCGCUUCUUGGGAAACCGGUUGACCACUUCAUUAUCGGUCGACCGGAUCUCUCCACUCCGUCAGCUCAAGGGUACCGUCAACCUGUGGCAGCUCACCAGAAUCACCACCAGCCCUUUCACCAGUCUAAUGUCUCUGGCUGUCAAGGUCCGCAACCAGGUCAAGCGCGCCCACAGCCUGUAGGGACAUACUACAGUUACCAGCUUCCUCCGCCUAACCAGGGUCAUCGUGCCCCCGCCAACCCCUGGGCUUAUUCGGAUCCUACCUCUCAAUCAACCCAAUCCGGUAACAACAUAUCGGCUGGUUCAGACGGCUUUGCCGGGUCCAUUCAAAUGACCAACAACGUCAACAGCCACCAAACUACCACCCAUAUUCAGGACACCUUAGAGCAUGGUCGCCAACUAUUCUUCUUUACGGAGCGAAUCGUGAUCCAGAGACAAUUUCCCAGCUGGCAGAGUGGUGCGAUUAAUGCGGAGCUAUGGAGACGAUGGACUACCAUGGCUUCUAGUCGUCAAGAGAGUUACGUGACCAGGGCAACGGUGGCCCAAAACCAAGCUCAAACCCAGGCUCAUCCCUCAUUGCCUGCGCCAUAUCACUUAGCACCCCAACCUUCAGGCUCAAGCUUGUCUACGGAGGAUGAUUUAAAGGCCGGCAGGGAAUACUACUUUUCGACACAGAUGGGUUCUCUUCGAGCAAAGCACCCAACAUACAGCCACCAACUCUUGUUAGAUACGAUUUCGAAAGCAUGGAGCUCAUUGCCACGGACCCAUCGCGAAUGGUUCAACAAGCAAGCCUUGUCGCAGAAGCAACAGCAGCCCCAGCUCGCUCCUUUGAACAAUGCGAGGGCUGUGGGUCCGUCGCGAACUCGGAGCAUCCCGUCUCUUUCUAGCAUUGCACCUCCUCCACCUCCUAGCGUAGUCCCAGGCAUGCUCCCAGAUCAAGCUCAACCUUUCCCUUCUCUUCAAAGUAGAGUGGCGGCGUUACGUGAGGAGGCCAAGGUAACACUUACCACGGCGCUUGCGAUCGCAAAACCUGUUGUUGACAGAAAUGGAAUGGUCGUCGUUCGUACAUCUACCAGGCUGUCGAUCCCCGAGAAGGAUUAUAUGGAAAGCAAAGCACGACUUGCCCCGUACCCAAAUGUCGCUCAUCUCGACCCGUGCCGCAAGGAUCUGAACCGUGGCCGGACCUGGUGGAUAAACAAAUACACAGAUGGUCUUUUACGUCUACUCUCAGGAACGUCGGAACAACAAAUCAGGCAGCAACUUGGCGUUGAGUGGGAAACCUGCCUAACUAUGGGUGAUCGUUUGAGGACCGAUGAUAUGGCACGUAUUGAAGAGGCGAAGUCGGCUCUCGCUAGGGAACGGAACAGUCUAAAUGAGGUUAUGUUACAACGGGCCACGAAACGGGCGAGAACAUACGGGGCCUCGACUUCUGCGACGGCUGCCGGCUCUGCGCAAAAAGGACCGGCUUCAGCCUCAGCCACAUCACCGCCUGUGUCCGGCUACGAGGCUUUUGCUAAAGAAAUGGAGGGACGCCUUCGGAAGAGGAACUCCAGCGCCUCGGCAGCAUCGCUCAAGUCGGUGAUACAACGGCGAUGGGAAGCGAUGGGUGAAACGCACCGGGCAGUCUACGCAACCAUGGCCUUGGAUAAAGCAAAGUCAGGAUCUGGUACCGUGGCCCCCUCAACCUCAACCUCAACCUCAACCUCAACCUCAACCUCAACCUCAACCUCAACCUCAACCUCGACCUCAACCUCGACCUCUGCGGUAUCCGCUUCUACCAGCACUGCUGCGCCAAGCCGCAAAUAUGACGGUUUUGAGUAUUAUCUCAACACCGAAGGCCUUAACGUCAGAAGAAAGUAUCCUGGAUAUUCCUACGACCAAGUUGUCGAAGCCACGAAGCGGCAAUGGGACGCUCUGACGUCCACGGCAAGGAGUAAUUACAGUAACAAAGCGUUCGCGGCCGCACAACAUCCGCUCGAUAAGGGUAUUUUCACCUGGCUGGAAGAUACCUUCAAGAGAGUAGCCAAGGAUAAAGCACCCGUCUCAUCAACUCCGGCGGCGCAAAACUACAGCGCUUCUGGUAACAGCUCUUCAGAACCCCCGCAACAUGGCGGCUUCGAGUUUUGGUUAAAAUUUGAGGAACGAAAGUUCCGAGACAAGAACCCCGGGCUUACAUAUGAAGAAACGGUCACUGCUUUAAAAAAGACAUGGGAUGGCAUGACGCAGAUGGCCCGAAGAAUCUACGAGGACAUGGCAGCGAAGGCAAAAGUCAACGCGGACAUAACAGCUAAGCCAACUGCCUCGCAGGCGCCACCAAGCUCUUCAUCCGCAGCUACCGCUUCUACGAUCGGGGAUUGUGGCCCAUAUGACUCACCUUCGGAGUAUGGCCGGUACGACGGCUUCACUUGGUUUCUUAACAGCGAAGGAGUGGAUUAUAAGAAACAAAACCCAAAUGUUGCAUACAGCGAUCUAAGAACUGCAAUGUACGCACGCUGGUGUGGCAUGGGCAGUAUAGAACGAAGCAAGUUCGAAAAGGUCGCGGGUACUUUGAAGCAGAGUGCCGAAGGUCGAGAGAUGUUCAACAGACUGAGAGAAGCUUACAGCCUGCCCCCAGGGCAAGAUCCUCGUGAGCGGUUAGCAGCCGCCAGGUGCCGCUCACCCUCGGAUGCUGGUCGAUAUGACGGCUUCACCUGGUUUUAUAACAGCGUAGGAGUGAGUCUCAAGAAACAAAAUCCAGACCUUGGAUACGACGAACACAGAACCGAAAUCUACUCGCAAUGGAGUGGCUUGAAAGCUAUGCAACGGCGCGAGUACGAAAAGGUUGCGUAUACUUUGAGGCAAAGUGCCCAAGGCCGGGCCUUGUUCAACAGACUAAGAGAAGCAUUCGACCUGCCUCUGGAACGAGACCCUCGUUCGUGGAUUCCGUCUCCCCCGCCGGAUGCCGCCACCGCUACCACUGCCACUAGUAUCAUGACACGGGACGAUUGGGAACGAAAAUACGACGGCUGGAGUUUCUAUCUCAACACUGCAGGGACGCUUCACUGUGACAGAAGAACUUCCUACGACUCUGUUGUUGCUAAGAUGAAGGCGCGAUGGAAGAGCAUGAGUGCUGUCGAACGGCUUGCAUAUGAAGACGGGGCUAAGGCUGCCAGGAUGAGUGGUAGACGCCAAGUAACUUUUAACAACUUGAGGAUAGCCUGCGGCCUACCUGAGGAGCCGAUCCCCCCUCCCCCUGCUCAUGACGCUCCGCGAGGACCGACUUCUUCAUCUGCCACUGCUACCGCGUUCACUGCCUCUUCUUCUGCACCAAGCUCUAAUACCUCUAGAAGCAUUACAUGGGAGGCUUGGGCCUACAAAUACGGCGGCUUUAACUGGUUCCUCAACACCUGGGGACACGCUUUCAAGCAGGAGAAUCGUGAGCUGGACUACGAGCUAGUUGUCACCAUCACGGAGUCACGGUGGGAGCGCAUGAGUCACGAAGAACGUCGUGAUUUUGAAGAUAAGGCAAAGCGGAUGAGGGUGAAUGUGGCAGGUCGCCGGAUGUUCAACAAAUUGCGGGAACUUUGCGGCUUACCCGAAGAGCCAGACAUUCCCGAACCCGCCAAGACGGUAACGCCUCGUACUCCUUUUCCGAGCACAUGGCGCGGCGUUGGCUCCAAAGCAGCCACUCCUUCACUGUCCUCCUCGCCCACACGACCUGACCCGGCUUCCUUCUCACCAGCUGACCGUGCGUUGAUGGAGAUCGAGCCCAACAGAAUGGCUGCCCCCUCUUCUAGCGCCGCGCCUGCCACGCCCGGGUUGAGUAACAAGGUGGCCAGGAUUGACAUCACCAGUGCUUGGGCUGUCAAAUCUAGUAGGCUCAAAAUUCCGCCCUUGACGCCGAGAUCCGAGGGCGGAUCGGCUUCGGCGUUUGGUUCGGGAUCGAAGUCGGCGCCAAGGGGCGUGAAGAGAAAGGCUGAGCCGGAUGUGAUCGACUUGACUUUGGAUGAUUGAGUGUUGUUUAGUCGUGUGGUUGUAUGGACUGGAAGGGAGAAUCGGUGUUUCUCGAUGGUUACAAGCAAGGAUACGGGAGUUAUGUGUACAUACCAUGGCGUAUGGCUUUUGAUUUGUUCCGGUUUGGAAGACCGUUGGAUCAUUUCUCGAUUCCAAGUGUUUGGAGUAUUUUGUUGGAUUUAGCAUCAUGAUCUGGUCAAUUGGUUGAUCAUUCCUAUGAGGCUACUUGGAUGCAUCGGAUGCUGUGUAUUUGGAAAGAGCGAGAGGUUCUUUGCUUCUUGCUCUUGGCUUUGUCGUAUACACUUUUUGAUCGUUCAAAAACAAGAAGUAAAAUAAUGAAGCGCACAGAUUGUUAUGCA